AUGUCUGUUUUCGUCUUGGACGGGUUAUCCAGCUGCCAUGACAGCAGUUUCUCGUUCACUCGAGAGAGCCAGGGGCCUGGUUUCUUGUUGGCCAGUUGGGCCACCUCUUUGCCGUUCAGCAGCAGCUUGAUCAGAUGUGCCUGUGUGAGGUUCUCCUUUUCCACGUGCUGGACAAACUCGGCCGCGUCGCGCACAGCAGACUCGCCAGAGCCCUGCAGAAGUUCCACGGCCAGAUACGUCAGCAGCAUCAAUGGCCAUUCUUCUUUGUACGGAAUCAGCAGCGUUUUAGCAACGGUGGCCCGCGACGCCGUCUUCCAGCCGCCAAAUGUACUCUUAUACGUCUCCAGCGACGAGCAGCACAGCCCCACCAGAUCGGUGAUUUUCACCUGCAUCCGCAACGCUGUCUGUGCAACACGGCCUGCAACCGGUAUCGUGGUCUUCUUGAUGGUGACCGUCUCGUUUCCCCAUGGAUACAGUAUUAGGUUGAGGAACAGGGACUGUUUGCUGAUCUCCGACGAGUAA